AUCGAUCAUUAAGGUGGUGGUUGAUUAUAACCCUUUAUCUAGUUUUGCAAUUAAUUACACAUUUUGUAGGAAUGGCCAGUGCAGUUGUUUGCACUCUCAACGUGCUGUACCAAUGCGCCAAUACCUUAUCUCAAUUGAUCCACAUUCCUUUUCGCUAUAUUUGUCUUUUCUCAAGACUUUUUCUUCUUUUUUUCUUUUUAAAUCUAAUUCUUUUCUUUCUUCUUCCUCACGCCCGAAAUCCCCCUCCCGAUCUCUCUUUUCCAACACGCGAAGCAGCUCCGUCGGCCGUCUCUCUCUCGCCGCUGCCGUCCAAUCGACUUCCCCUCUCAGUCGUGCGCAGUGUAGCCACUGGGUCUGUCGGCGUUGAGCUCGAUCCGAGCAGACCUCGUCGUUGUCAGCCACUCACGUGCAGCGACGCUCCAGUCCUUCUCCCUCUCCCUCUCGGGUUUCGCCGCCAGAUCUGCAGCUGUUUGCUACUACUUUCGACGCCAGUCAAGUCGGUCCAGCCAGAUUCGCUCGUCGUCGUCGAGGUCGUCCACGCUGUCGUCGAGGUCCAGCUUCGUAACGGAUCUAUUCAAACACGGGCUUCGCUUCAUCUCGCACUCCAUCUCGCUGGAAUCUUGGAUUUUUGGGUAAGGUUUGGUAAGUUUGGUGAGUUUUGAUUAGUUUAGUGGGUUUCUUCGAAAAUUUUGAAUACCCACAAGCUCUUUGUCAUUCGGCUUUAAAUUCAAUAUUUGGAGAACAUUAAUGUGCUGUCCAAGGGCAAUAAGUUUUGACAUUGACUUAGGAAUACUCUCACGUUUUGGUGUUAGAUUGAAGUUUUGGAAGGAGUUGAGUUGCUGUCUAAUAGGUUGAAGACCAAUCUUGGCAAGGUUUUGGUAGCAAAUGUGGUUCCACUAACCUACGAGACUCAAGAUCUACCACCAGUUUUAUCUAGAUUACACAAUUUCGGCAUUAGUAAUUUUGCUAUCACAUUUUUUGUUUAAUUUGUAACUAGAGUGGCUAGCCUUGGUUUCAAACUAUUUGUAAAUGAAAACUUGCACAUUUUCUUUUAUUUGAUUCUAAUGAUAUAUUUCUAAUCUGCUGAUCUAGAUUUUGUUGAAGAGUGUAUGGUAAAACACACUUGGUUGUUGAUUUUAAACGAAUAUUUUGGGACUGUAUAUUUCUUUUUCAGGUGUGGUUUAUGAAAUUUUCAGGGGAAAUUCUGUUGAAAUUUUUAUAAAAUUUGAUUUUCUAACGAUUUUUACUAUGAAAGAUUGCUAGCCACUUAAUUUUGAAAAAUUCUUUUAGAGUACGACAUUGGAUUUCAUAGUUUAAUUGAAAUCUUCAGUCGUCAUGCCACGUCCUAGGUUUGGAAGGGUAACUUGGGUGGGUUGUGACACCAUUAUCAUGUAGAGCUAAAGAAUCGGCCACUGAUUGCUUCUUCUCUUCCAAUUCUCUCAAUCAAUCUCUGCAAAUUCCAUGGACGGAAUUGACCGUUGCGCUGCUAAUUACGUUCCUCUCACUCCAAUCACCUUCCUGGAGCGCUCCGCUGCGGUCUACGGUAAUCGGAUUUCUCUCGUAUAUGGACGAGUUCAGUACACUUGGAGAGACACGCUUAGGCGAUGUACCAAACUCGCUUCUGCUUUUGUUCGUACGGGAAUCGCUCGUGGAGAUGUGGUUGCUGCCUUGGUACCGAAUAUUCCAGCUAUGUACGAGUUACAUUUUGCUGUACCAAUGGCUGGUGCAGUUUUUUGCUCUCUCAACAUACGCCAUGACGCAGCAAUGGUUUCUACAUUGCUAAGCCAUUCGGAAGCUAGAAUCAUUGUUGUAGACUACCAGUUUGAACAUAUUGUAAUCGGAGCAAUUAAAGCUAUGUCUCAAAGGAAAGAAAAGCCACCUCGUGUUGUUAUUAUUCAAGAAUAUGAUCAGCCACCUUCCCACAUCGAUACAACAGGAUCUGCUUUAGAAUAUCUAGAGUUUGAAAGUUUUUUAGCAUCUGGAAGACCUGACUUCGAAAUCAGACGACCUAAGGAUGAAUGGGAUCCAAUUGCUCUUAACUAUACUUCAGGCACAACAUCAAGGCCAAAAGGUGUUAUUUACUCACAUAGAGGAGCAUACCUCAAUGCUCUGUCUGCAGUUUUACUAAAUGAUAUGUGCUCACUCCCUGUGUAUUUGUGGACUGUUCCAAUGUUUCAUUGCAAUGGAUGGUGUUUAACUUGGGGUGUAGCUGCACAGAGUGGCACAAACAUCUGCCAAAGAAAUGUGACUGCUAAAGAAAUCUUUGAUAAUAUUUCCCUGCAUAAGGUUACUCAUAUGGGUGGUGCACCAACAGUUUCGAACAUCAUUAUAAAUGCACCAAUUAGCGAACAAAAGCCGCUUCCGAGGCAGGUAACUAUGAUGUCUGGUGGUGCUCCGCUGCCUUCUCAUGUACUCUAUAAGCUAAGAGCUAUGGGAUUUCGUAUUGUCCAUUCAUAUGGUUUGACUGAAACAUAUGGUCCAGCAACAGUUUGCUCUUGGAAGCCUGAAUGGGAUUCACUCCCUCAAGAUGAACAGGCAAAACUAAGUUCUCGCCAAGGAUUGCAACAUAUUGGGCUAGAGGCAGCAGACGUGAAGGAUCCUGUCACAAUGGAGAGUGCUCCAGCUGAUGGAAAAACCAUGGGUGAAGUUAUGCUUAGAGGCAACAGUGUGAUGAGUGGAUAUUUGAAAGAUCUCAAAGCCACGCGGGAAGCUUUUAAUGGUGGAUGGUUUCGAAGUGGGGACUUGGGUGUUAAACACCCUGAUGGUUAUAUAGAAUUGAAGGACCGUUCAAAGGACAUUAUAAUUUCUGGGGGAGAAAAUAUUAGUUCAAUUGAGGUUGAGUGUGUUCUUUUCAGCCAUCCAUCAGUUCUUGAAGUUGCUGUUGUGGGAAGACCUGAUGACCAUUGGGGAGAAACACCAUGUGCAUUUGUGAAGCUCAAAGAUGGGUGUAGUGCUACUGAAGAAGAGAUUAUAAAAUUCUCUAGAGAACAUCUACCUCAUUACAUGGCUCCACGAAGUGUCGUGUUUAAGGAUUUACCAAAAACUUCUACCGGGAAAACCCAAAAGUUUAUUCUCAAGAAGGAAGCCAAGGCCAUGGGUAGCCUUCCAAAACGGGUUAGUAAAUUGUAAAUACAACUUGAAAGUGAAGGCAAUGGUGUUCAUAUAAUUAAGGCCCUGAUUAUUUGUAUUUUGGUUGGUAUCAAUUAUAGUUCUCCAUAGAUGUUCACAGGCCUACAAACCUUCUCUAUUUUGAUCGUAUUUAAUGUUGUACCUUUCCAUUUUCAGGAAAAUUAAAAACAAAAAGAGAAUAUGUCUUAGUUCUAUUAAUUGAAGCUACAUAAUUGAAGUUGUUGUAAUGGUACGAAUAGUUUUGAUAUUGUAUAAUUAAACAUUCACUGAAUAUGUGAAAGUACAUCUUUAUUAUUUCCUA